GAGGGGGUUAAUGGUGACUGGCCAUACAUACCACAGCAUUCCGGAUAUACCAAUGGCAUACCCAUCAUGCACCAUUUUAAGCCCUGUCGAGUACAACUACGUGUGAUAUACCUGCUCUACCUGCUCUAUAUGGAGAUGCCGGAGGUAUUCUAGGCAUUCUGGGUAUUCUAAGCAGGUCUGUAUUAUAAAUACAAUAUGCCCUUUUAUCACGGUAGGUCGCUGCUUACUAUAUCAAACUCCACGUUGACGCCAUUUCCUUGUGGCAUCGAGGAUUCAUAUGUCUCUCACGGCAUAUAUAAGACGUUCCCCCGCUCUUGCUUCAUCUUUCUUACUUUCCUAUUACUCUACUAUCCUACGCUGUCUUCCGGUCGGACUGGCAUAUCAAGUGCAACUAAUCCAACAACAACCACUACCACAUAUCACACACCAUAUCACCUUCUCAUACCUCACUCAAGCAACUAAUCCUCCAACAACCACUUACCACUCUUCACAUCACCUCCUCACACCCCAAACCACAGCCAUGGCCACAGUCUCCUCCCAGCCCGCCACCCCCGCACACAACCUCUCCUCCUCCGCCCGCGCCGAAUCCGCUGGCGUCCAAACCGAAACCGCCACCCUCCCAUACCAUAUCCCCCGCGGCAACGUCGAAGCCGAGCUGCACUUCUACCUCCCCCCCGAGGACGGAUCACACCCCUACAACUGGGUGAACAAGCAACCCGAAGGCACUCCCCAGCACAACUACGGCUCCACCGUGCAAACCGUCACGAUCCACGACAUCCGCGGCGACGAAUCCUCCUACACCCUCGACAAGGACGCCUUUGCCGUUCUCCAGAAUGUCGAGUCGUUGGGCGAAACUGAGUUCACGGAUGACGACCACAUCAAGGAGUUUUACUACCCCGAAGUCGAAAAAGUGCUCCUCGAUAACGUCCCGGGGGCCAACAAAAUCUUCAUCUUCGACCACACCAUCCGCCGCUCCGGUCCGGAGGCAAAGAGGGGUCCGGUAAACCGCGCCCACAUCGACCAAAUCGCCAGUUCCGCCGCCGAGCGCGUAAAGGUGCACCUCCCCACCACCGCCGAGACCCUCUUGCAAGGUCGUUACCGCAUCAUCAACGUCUGGCGCCCCCUCAACGGCCCCAUCGUCGCACAACCCCUCUCCUUCGCCUCAUCGCACACAGUGCGGGACGAGGAUCUGAUCCCCGUCGAACAUCGGUAUCCGGAUCGCGUCGGGUAUACGGCGAGCGUGAGGUGGAAUGAGGGGCAGAGGUGGAAUUAUCUGUCGGGGAUGAGGAAUGAUGAGAGGAUUCUUUUGGAGUGCUUUGAUAGUGAGGGACUGAAGGAGGGGGGGGAGGUUAAGGGGGGGAGAGUGCCGCAUUCGGCGUUUGUGGAUCCGAGGACGCCGGAGGGGGGGCCGGGGAGGGAGAGUAUUGAGGUUAGGGCGUUGGUUUUUGGGCCGUAGAUGGUGGUGAUAGAUUCUCCUAGAGGGUUUGCUGGGAUACAUCAGAGGCGGGGGGUGGGGGUCGAUAAAGUUGUAGGAUUUGGUUACACUACUCACUCAUUAACGGGUUAUGAUUACAGUGUUCGGCACGGAUGCCAAUAUACCUGUGGUAUCCGGGUAUAUCCUUAAGGAUAUACCUACUUGGUGAUAUUUUAGGAGUAUCUAGCGUAUCUAGAUACUCUCGAGUAUAUAUCUAGAUAUAUACUAAGAAUAGCUAAGCAUUGCUAAGACCUCUUUUUUCUAACGUCAUAAGACUAGUAUUAAUGCUAUAUAAAG